AUGAGCGAGGCGAGUCAAAAGCGGCGCCAGCAGCCCCAGCAGCAACUUGAGCGAGAGGAUGCCGCGGCGGCGUCCUUGACCCAGCCCUCGCAGCCAACUGAGCGGCCGCCAGGCGCGGAGCAGCGGCAGCAGCAGCGGCCGGCAAAGCAGCAGGGCCCCGGCCAGGCAUGGUGGCACGAGCGGCGGCGGCAGCAGCAGCGCGCGUCGGGCAUGACGCAGCUGGAGGAGUUCAUGCGCGACACGCCAGGGCUCAACCGCCUCGUGGACGGCACGCUCAUCCUGGGGGACGCUGUGAUGGUGCUCGCCACCGAGGUGGCGUCCGAGCGCGUCCCUGUGGGGGAGCUGCCUUACCUGGCGGCGAUCGCAGUGUUCAGCUGGAUCCUGGCCGGCGCGGCGCUGGGGGACUACAAGGCAGUGCCAGACCCUGACGACAACCCGCUGAGCAACAUGCUGGGGUGGCCCGUCGUGGUGUCCAUCGCCAACGCCUGCAUCACCUGGGCCGUGGCCAUGGUCCCAUCGAUGCUGGGGUACAGCUUCCUGACUGUGCUGGAGCUGAAGCGUGACGGCAUGCUCAGCCCGCAGCUGGAGGUCAGCGUGGCCAUGCUCAUCACCCUCAUCUGCUGGCGCGGCAUGGCCACGCGCAUGCGCAUGCGCAGCGACUAA